AUGAUCACAAGCAUUUUGACUGCCUCCACCUCUCAGCCAAGGAAGGUGUCUGAGUUACAGUUCUACCAACGGGAGUACUACGCCAAGAGAGUUAAGGUUGAAUUUGACACGCACUGGGAGACUAUCAAGGACCGCAUCAGUUCGGAUUGUCGGGUUCGGGAGAUGAACGCGUUUACUGGGAGAAAAUGGGCUAAUGAACCAGAGGAUUUCAAGAAAGGAUUGUGGGAGGUUCUUGAGAGGAACUAUGUGGAGGAGAUGGAGGCUUGGAAAAAACGAGAGGAUUGGACCCUGGAUGCGAGUGGCUACAAAAUGUAG